AUGCCACCAACUGGUCAGCCUACGAUUGAUUUCAGCAACAUUAGUGAUGAAGAUUUGUCUCAGAUGUUAAAAGACUAUGGAGUUUCUGUGGGACCCAUCAAUGCUGCUACACGGAAAACAUACGAGCGCAGGCUUGUGCAACUGAAGACAGGAAAACUUCCGCCGUCUAGCCAAACGCCUGUUGAUGAUGAUGAUGAAGAAGUUCAGGUCAGGCAGCCGGAGCCUCAGAGAAGACAAACAAGCAAUCUGUCAGACUCGACUCAGUCUUAUGCGAGUUCAUUGAGAGACUCAAAUUACUCCUCAUCGUCAUCAAAAUCCUAUGUGAGUUCAGUGAGAGACUCUGAUUUCUCUGCAUCAAGAUCCUUUCCGUAUUCAGAGAGGCACACAGAUUUAUCACCAGAUGUGAGGAGUCGAUCCUCAUUACCAGCAGAUAGACGAACACCAUCCUCUUACGCACCGUCAUCUUUGUACUCCACACCUGUCAAGGGGCCCACAGCCACAAAAGUGUCUAAGGAGAAAGGUAUCCCUCUGUGGUUGAAACUGGUGGCCGUGGCCAUCGUGGUGAUUCUGAUCUACCUUAUCUAUAUCAAUAUGGAACCAGCGGCAGUGAACAACAUUCCUGAGAUCCAAAAUAAAAUGGAAGUCUAG